UCUAAAAUUUUUUCGCUCUCUCCCUCUAAAAGAUUUUCCCUCUCUCUUAUCCGUCUUCUUCUCUUUCUAACACAACCCGGUAUUGUUUAGAGAAAAACCAAUAGUUAUAGAUCGGUCGGACAUCAUUGACAAAACAAGGAAAGAAAAAAACAAUAACGCAAAAUAAGGAAGAACCUCUCUCUCUCUGCAUUUACUCUCCCGAUCCAUCGAGAGAGAACCAGUCAUCAGCGAAGAACAACAAAUUUGCUAUUACUCUGAUUUUUUCAUUCAUUGAUUUGUCCUUUGUCGCAAUUCAAUUAGUUUAUAUUCAUAUACAUGUAGUGUAGAUAUAUACAGCCCUAGUUGUGAUUAUUUGUGGUGAAAUUUGAAAUCCAAUGCAUUGGUAUUCGAAGAGACCCCAAACGAGCAAUUCGAUUAGGGGUUCUUAUCAAUCUGGAUCUUCGAAUUGCGGUGGUGGAUCUGAUGGUGAGAAGAUUGCGGGUGGGGUUAACAGGAGAGAAAAAUUAUUAGGAUUGUGGUUGUUGUUCAAUUAGGGUUUCGGCUGUGGCGGAGGGGGACGAUGCAGCUACACUUCUCACCUAGCAUGAGAAGUAUAACAAUAUCGAGCAGCAAUGGGUUUAUUGACUUGAUGAAGAUCAAGGUCGCAGCUCGUCACAUCUCUUACCGUACACUAUUCCACACCAUCCUCGUCCUUGCUUUCUUGUUGCCGUUCGUCUUCAUCCUCACUGCUGUUGUUACCCUUGAAGGUGUCAACAAGUGCUCCUCAUUCGAUUGUUUAGGUAGGCGAUUGGGACCGAGGCUUCUUGGCAGGGGUGAUGAUACAGGGAGACUGGUUAGGGACUUUUACAAACUUCUCAAUCAAGUGAACACUGAGGAAAUCCCAGAUGGGCUAAAGCUCCCAGACUCAUUUCGUCAACUUGUGUCUGAAAUGAAAACUAACAAGUACAGUGCAAAGGAGUUCACUUUGAUUUUAAAAGGCAUGAUGGAAAGAUCUGAGAGGGAGAUCAGGGAAUCAAAGUUCGCCGAACUAAUGAACAAGCACUUUGCAGCUAGCUCCAUUCCAAAAGGCAUCCACUGUCUUUCCCUUCGUUUGACUGAUGAAUACUCUUCUAAUGCUCAUGCACGCAAACAGUUGCCUUCACCCGAGUUACUCCCUUUGCUUUCUGAUAACUUGUAUCACCACUUUGUCUUGGCAACUGAUAACAUUUUGGCUGCUGCGGUUGUGGUCACCUCUGCUGUUCAGUCAUCCAUAAAGCCUGAGAAGAUUGUCUUCCAUGUUGUCACUGACAAGAAAACCUAUGCAGGCAUGCACUCAUGGUUUGCUCUGAAUCCUCUCUCUCCUGCUAUAGUUGAAGUGAAAGGCGUUCAUCAGUUUGACUGGUUAACGAGAGAGAAUGUUCCAGUGCUUGAGGCAGUGGAAAACCAUUAUGGGAUUCGGAAUUACUACCAUGGGAAUCAUGUUGCUGGGGCCAAUCUCAGUGAUACAACUCCAAGAAUGUUCGCCUCAAAACUGCAGGCUAGAAGCCCAAAGUACAUCUCAUUGCUGAACCAUCUUCGCAUAUAUCUGCCAGAGCUUUUUCCAAACCUUGACAAGGUGGUUUUCUUAGAUGAUGACAUUGUAAUUCAACGUGAUCUGUCUCCGCUUUGGGAGAUUGACCUUGGUGGAAAGGUUAAUGGAGCUGUUGAAACCUGUAAAGGUGAAGAUGAAUGGGUAAUGUCCAAGCGAUUCAGGAAUUACUUCAAUUUUUCUCAUCCCCUCAUAGCAAAGAAUUUGGACCCUGAUGAAUGUGCGUGGGCUUAUGGGAUGAAUAUCUUUGAUUUACGUGCAUGGAGAAAGAAAAAUAUAAGGGAGGCUUACCAUGCUUGGCUGAAGGAGAAUUUGAAGUCAAACCUGACAAUGUGGAAGCUUGGAACUUUACCCCCAGCUUUGAUUGCAUUUAAAGGUCAUGUUUACCCGAUUGAUCCUUCAUGGCACAUGCUCGGUUUGGGCUACCAGAAUAAGACCAAUAUCGAGAGUGUGAAAAAAGCCGCUGUAAUCCACUACAACGGCCAGUCAAAACCAUGGUUGCAGAUAGGCUUUGAGCAUCUCCGGCCAUUUUGGACCAAAUAUGUUAACUACUCCAAUGACUUUGUUAGGAAUUGCCACAUAUUGGAGUAGUGGUAAUCUAUCAACUAAGGGUGCUGAAACAAAAAAAGGACAGAACAGGGAAGAUGGCCGCAUUAAGGGGUCUCUCCUUGAGUUUCUUUUGCACCUACAGAAUUUUGUCAAUAUAGAUCCGAGUAGAACAACAGAUUGGCCAGUGGAUAAUAUCCAUUCAACAUCUGGAUUUGCUGCUGUUCCGUCACUUUUGAAGAAGAGUACUUGCAUCACUAGCAGAGGAAUGCCAUACAUUCUUUCAGUCUGUAGCAUAGCAAUUCAUCGUCAAUUCUUUCGUGGGGAAAGGAACAAAAAUUUGGCCUUCCUGAUCCGGGGGGGGUUUUGCCUAUUACAUGGAACAAAAAUAAUGGGGGCAAACGGACUUGGUUGAAAAUUGUCCAUGGCAUUGCUAUCAUUGUUGCUAGAAGAAGAAAGUGAGGAUGCAGGUCCUUGCAAGGCUCCCACUUUAGCCCAGUUAGCCUUAGACAUGAUUUUUUUUUUUUUGGCUUAAUUUCUCUCCUUUACUUUAUCAGCUCUUAUUCAUUAUUUUCCCCUCUCUUUUUGAUUCUCUAUAUCAUCAUUGUGAUUUUUGGGUGGGAUAAGUUUUGGAGAUUGCUCUGUUACAGGUCCCUUAGAAUUUGGGGAAUUAUGAGGUUUUUAUAUUGGUUAUUUGUCAUGUACAAUUCAUGAGAAACAUUUAAUAUGUGCAG